UUCUCACUCCGAUGAUAAAGAAACUGAUUGUUUUGUUUUAAUAGGAUUGCCAAUAUAUUCAAAGCCGGCAGGAUUAGUUUGUGGACCUUGUAUCAUUGCACUGUUAGCUGCGUUUUUCCACAUAUUAAGGGUACAAGAUAUCAAGCUCCUUCAUUUCAGGCCACAUCACAGUCAACUCCUUCAUUUUCGGCCACAAGACAGCGAACUCCUUCAUUUCAGUUCACAAGGCAGCAAGUUCCUUCAUUUCAAGCUACAUCAGUUCCAACUCCUUCAUUUCAAGCCACAUCACUGCACUCCUUUAUUUCAGAGUACAAGAUAUCAAGCUCCUUCAUUUCAGGCCACAUCACAGCCAUCUGCUUCACAGGCACCUUCUGUUAGUCUCACACCACCACAAGAGACAUUCAAUAAGCGCAAACGCGAGUCUACACAUCAUUGGACUAUGGAUGCAGUAGAUUCACAAGAAAAUACCAAAAAGCUCAAAGUGAAGAAAACAGAAGUGUUAAAUUUACCUCGGGGGGAACGUAUUGUGGUUCCAUUUGAUUUCCUGGAUCCAAUAGACGAAGCACAAGGCGUUCUCGCAGGCUUUUGUGGUAUUUUAGCAGCUGAUUGUUCCAUAUUUCCAAUUAGCUUUGAUAAAUGGCCGGAUAUGCCUGAAUCAUAUUUCAAUGACUGCUUUGAUAACAUUAUAAAGCCCCAUUUUCAUUUUAUGACAACUGAGGAUAUUGCAUGGUUAUCGGUUUAUCGCUCUAUUGAAAAGAAAUGGGCUGGAAAUAGGCAGGCCUUGUGGAACGAGUUCAAUGACCCACUUAACACCAAAGAUGAGAUUAUGAAUAAUGUUCCAGAAGGUAUAGCUCGGGAUCAGUGGGCUUCUUUUGUGAUCUACCGUUUGAGAGAUGAUACUCAGAAAAUGUGUAAAACAAAUGCCGAAAAUCAAAAAAAGCAAACAAUUCCCCACACUGGUGGCUCAAAGCCGAACUCUAGAAGGAGGGCUGAAAUGUUUGCUAAGACGGGGAGAAGGCCCGGACGAUUACAACUCCAUCUUGUUACACACAAAAAAAAAAAAGAUGGAUCAUAUGUAAACGAGGAGGCAAAAGAAAUAUGUGAAAAAAUUCAGCUAGCAGUGAGUCAAAGUACUGUGGAUGAGUCUGAAAUUUCUCCCAACGAUGUUGUGGGUAAGGUGCUAGGAAAAGAGCAUUCUGGGAGGGUAAGAUGUUUGGGAUUAGGAGCUACUCCAAGCACUCAUUUUAAACAAACAAAACCCCGUGUUGGUGGUAUUAGAAUUCCAAGUAAUGAUGUUGGAUGUUCUUCUUUCGGAUGUCAAGACAAGUACAAUAAAUUGUUGAAUACUCUCAAAGCCUACAUGAUAAUGGAGGAAGGGUCAAUACCGGAACAGUUUGCUGGGAUAUUUGGUUCACCUCCUACAACAGUAAAACAAUUUGCUCAUUUUAAUUUUCUGCUUGAUUUACUGGGCUCUUCACUUCCCUACAAUUUGCUUGAUUGCCCACUUACGAGAUUUUAGUUUUCUACUUGAUUUUAGGAAGGGUUUUCCUAAAUGUGCAUAACUUUUUGUUCCUGCUAUUAAUUACUUUUGCUGUGUCCUGAGGGUUGACCAGAAAUUUAACAUCUGUUUAGCAAAAACAACAAUUGUUUCUUUAUCUUUUGUUUUGACAUAAAAGAGAUGCAUUUAAAUCA